CAUUUAUGGAAAUUAAAAUAUUAAACGGGUUUGGGAAUUAUAAUCAUAAACUAGUUGGGGUUCGUACCAAUCCGUUUACAUUCAUUAAUGUGUACUCUCUCCGAUCGAAAACAAGUAUUGUGCCUCUCUCUCGGCCUCCUCUCUGCAACUCCUUUUUCGAUAACCUCUGGCGAGUAUUGACUACCUUUCCUGGUCGUCGCCGUUGGCCUUUGUCGUCGCUGUUGAAGCAGUAAUAAUUGCAGAUUUUCACCAUUGCUGCUUGCAUUCUCUAUUAAUCUUUGUCUGGUCACAAUUCCAGUACAGCAUAAGAGGAUCUUGUAAUGGGAAUCAGUAAAACAGAAGUAAACUUAAGGAGACUGCUUGUAGCUGCACCUCGGCAACAAAAUAAAGCAAAACUCAUACAUUAUGUUGCUACUUUACGGGAACAACUGGAACAUUUGGCUGAAGAAAGAAACCCAGAUGGCUUACCUAGAGUUCCAAAGGCUAAGGUGAAUGAGUAUUCAGAGAAGAUUGAAGCCAUUGCUUCCAGAAUAGCUGCACCAAUUACUCAUAUUCAGGUAUCUGAAGAAUCUGUUGCUGAGAGUUCUGCUAAAGAAAGUCCUAAAGCGGAUGAAGAAACUCACUUUGCCUCUUCUCCAGGCUUGAGAAGAAGAUUCGUGGCAGCAUCAAAUAUUGAUGACAGAACUCAUGACCUUAAUCAGGUUCAUACAUCAGCAACUGUCAAACUGGAUACUGCAGCAAAAGCACACAUUGAAAAGCACAGAAAGCUUCAGGAGGAUUUGACUGAUGAAAUGGUCCAGUUGGCCCAGCAACUCAAAGAAAGUAGUCUCAUGAUGAGUCAGUCCGUGCAAAAUACUGAAAAGAUACUUGAUUCUACAGAGAAGGCUGUCGAGCAGAGCUUGGCUAGCACUGGUCGUGCUAAUGUUCGAGCCUUGGAGAUAUACUCAAAAACUUCCAAAACCACAUGCUUCACAUGGCUUCUGAUUUUUGUAAUGACCUGUAUUUUCAUCAUGGUUGUACUCCUAAUUCGUGUCACUUGAACUGUUAUGAUUCUCGCAGUUAACCAUGCCAGUUUCCUUCUAAAUUUGUGGUGCUCAAAUAGCUAUUCAGAUAAUUUUUCCACCAUAUCUCUGCAGUACAGAGCACAAUAACAUUUCUUGUGGACUGUUUUAUUUAAUCUUGCAACUCUUAAAGUUGGUUCCCGUUUUGUGUUAUUAGGAUGGACAACUAAUCUGAAGUGAAUUUAUCAAUCUUCUCAUA